GGACUGCACACUGAUGUCGGUCUCUGCAUUGUUUGUCAUAAUGUCGAACAAACUUGCUAUAAAGUGUGGGAACUUUGCUGUUCUGGUGGAUCUUCAUGUUUUGCCUCAAGGCACCAGUAAAGACACCAGCUGGUUUUCUGACCAAGAGAAGGAGGAAGUCUGCAAGUUACUAAAAGAUACAGUUGAUGCCAGAGUGAGACAACACAUUGAAACCCGCAGACAGCAGGGUCAGGUGAAGCACAAAGAGUACUCCCAGUCCAGUCCACUGUUUUUAAAAGGAGACAGAUUUCGAAUUGCAGCCUAUUUCAUCAAGAGAUGGGUUAACCUUCGUUGUGUUGUCAAGCAGCGUUAUCGUGAAUUGCACGUGUUUCCAGAACGAUUUGUGGUAUGUGCCAGUCAGCUCGAGCUUGAUCCUAACACACUAGAGGUAGAUAUCGACAAAACUACGGGCAUGAUAGAAAGUAGUUCCAGGGGAACAUCAGAAUAUUUUGCUGAAUGUAGAGGAAAUCAAAUAAGCAACAUGCUAUCCGCCCCAAUGCAGCAGGCAGUACUGAAAAACAUAGUAAAGAAGGCAAAGUCUACUAGAAUUGCCAGUUGUGAAGCUGAAACAAGCACAGACAGGAAAGUGUUUCCUUGCCUCAGGCCAACGGACUCUGACAAAGGGAGCAAGGGCAAGAAAGAUCAGGCUUUGGCCAAUUCAGAAUCCGAAGCAAAAUGUGGGAGCUUGGAACAACCAAAAGAUUGCAUAAAUACUACUGAGAACAGCUUGGAGCUUCCGGUUCCAGAAGUGGAAAAUCAUGUUAAUUGCAGACAGCCAUGUGAAGCUAGCAGCCAACAAAAAACCCAAUCUGUAGAGUGGUUAAAGGCACAGGACCUAACCAAGGCUCUUUCCUGGAUCUGUGAGUCAGUAGUGCCAGAGCAAAAACAACAUUUCAGGACUAGCGUUAUGCAACAAAAGAGGAGGAGGCAUAGCUCGGAAGGGAAAACAAAUACAAGCAAAAAAGCAGAUUUGAGAGAUGAUACAUUUCUUCUUCAUGACCUACACACACGGAACAGUUACACUGGUGAAGUAGAAACUUCGGAAAACAUACCUCUAAACACAAAGUUAAAUAGUUCUAUAGGUACAAGUGACUCUUUGACAACUGGGACCAAUAUCCAGCCAAUACAGUGCAGAACUGACCACGUUCAGCCAGAGGCUGUAUUAUGUGGUGCGAAAAAACUAAAGCUUCAGAGAACCAAAAAGGUGCAAUGAAAACUUUGAGAUUGAUUGCCCACUAAAACAAGU